CCCACCGGAACAGUACCUCCAUUUGGCGGGAGAACGCUACAAAUACAAACUCGCCGGUACCGUUGUUCGACCGGAAAAAGGGAAGAAGAUGAAAUUUAGGUCAAAAUCAAACGUUAAUCGAACGAUGCUUACCGGACGAGAAAGCUUGAUCAGAUUAAUCGGCAAACGCCGGCGAUUCCUCCCCAAUCGUCAAUCUAUUAUGUCAGCUCAUAUUCAGAGAGAUUCGAGUCUCGUGAAAGAUGAAAAUGGAGCAGAAGAGUCGCUAGAGGAGCGUAGUGAAAAUUUGGCUGGGACUUCGGGUUCUGACAUGGUUACUUGUCCGGUUUGCGGGAAUAAGGUUCGAGGGGAAGAGUACAUGAUCAACUCUCAUUUAGAUGCAUGUUUAGCAAGAGGGACAAAACGGAAAUUAAGCCAGCAGACACUUCUUCAGUUCAACUUCUGCUCCAAAUCAAAAGUCCAAUUUCAUUCUACCAAUUUGGAUGAUACAAAGUCUAACCUGACUAGUCUUGAAAAGGAUAUAACCGAUUUAGGUGGGGUAGGUACUGAGGAUACCGACAGUAUCACAUGCCAGUCAUCUUCCAGUUCAGACGAUAUUUUGCUAGCAAAUGCAGAUGAUUCAGCAGAAAUUUCAGUGAAUGAUGAGAAAAUUGGUGUCAGGGGUGGUUCCCCAGUAAAUAAUGGUGGAAGAGUCAACUCCCCUUCAUUGCUUACUGAGACUGAGGUCUCUGAAGAUGACAGUGCCAAUUCAGAUGAUGACAUAUUGGGUAAGUUGCUUGCAACCUUUAUUGUUGGCCGAAGGUUCAGUGAAGAAGGAGAAUUACAUACUGGCGCAAGUAUAUCUCUUUGCAGAGAUCCUGAAAAUAUCAAGGACCCUAAUGCUGUCAAGGUUCUUUCAGCAGAAUCUGGAUGCAGUAAGGUACUUGGUUAUAUACCUCGAGAGCUAGCGGAACAUUUGUCAAAAUUAAUGGACACCUUCGGCUUGAGCUUUGAGGGUCGUAUUAUGUCGGUUCCUGAACAUGCUCAUGCAGUCGUCCCGAUUCAGAUUUGGUGUCAAGAGAAGAUUUCUUCUAUUGAACUAGAAGGCGAAAACUUUCAGGUUUUCAAGUCAUUAUGUCGACAUAUUUUAAGCGCUGUCAAGUUAAGUGAGGCAUCCCCUCCUGUCACGAUGAAGUACCAACAGAAUUUUUGCCUGUUGCUACAAGAAGUUUUAAGGACGACUCUUCAUGUUUUCACACAUGAUGAAAAGAUCUUCUUAGAAAAUUUCCUUUUACUUUCUGAUGAUAGUCAGAGGCUCUUUAUUCGUCUUUAUACAAGAAAAGGGCCGUGGUUUCGGAUGUCUAAUAUUGCUUAUGUUGAAAUAUUGGACUCCCAACAUGCAGUGAAGAAACUAUCUGAAGCAGGUUAUGUUUGUUCCAUUGAAACCACAAGUGAAUUACAUAAAGAUGAUCUAGAAGGAGUCUUAAACAUACUUACUGUUGAUGACUGGUUGAAAGCAUUUUCUUUGCAUAGAGCAGAGAAGCUACCGUCCGGUUUCUGGCUUGUGAGAGUGAAAUGCAGUCAUAGCAAGCAGGAAUACAUUUCUUCACUUCUUUCUGCAUAUGUGGAUGGACCAAGCUCAUUACUAAAAAAAGCAGUCUUGGAAAAAGCGGGAUCCUGUAUACGUAUUUCUUCAGCAGCCGAUUCCCUAAUUUGGCGUGUUGAGAGGCUUUUCUUCUGUAAUGGGGAGCAAGAUCUGUCAGCAUUUUUACUUGUGGAUUUGGGAAUUGUGAAGUAUCCAACUUACAAUUGUGUUGUCACUGACCAGAUAUUUUCCAGUCGAAAUGACCUACUAUCUUAUGAGGAGGCACUUGAAGUGGCACAGAUCAUGGAUGAAUCUCUUGAAGAAAAUGAUUCAUCAAUGGUCUUGAGAUGCAUUGCAAUAUCUGACUCCAGCAUAUCCAAUUCCGCUGCAAGAACAAUACAGUUGUCAACCUCUAAACAAUUGCCUGCACCCUUUCCAUGCUUUUCAGCUUUCUGGAUCUACUCCAAGGUGGUUCUGUUAGGCGUUUCUUUUCUUGAGUGUCAACGUAGAUACGACGAUGCAAUCAAUUUACUCGAGCACCUACUGCUUAAUUUUGCUAAUGAUCGAAGAAGAGGAUAUUGGACAUUGAGAUUGUCCAUUAAUUUGGAGCAUCUGGGCCGUGUCAAUGAGAGCUUGUGUGUUGCUGAAACUGGGUUACUUGAUCCGUGGGUUCGUGCUGGUUCAAGAAUAUCAUUGCAAAGGCGGGUACUUCGCUUGGGAAGACCGCCAAGACGGUGGAAAGUUCCUAGUUAUUCGGAGUCUCUCAAAAGGAAGAUCCCUGAGGUUCACGUUCAAGGUAGGCCACUCAACUGUAAAACUGGAACAAAGAGCAGGUUUUAUGGUGAAGAUGGAGAACAGUGUGGUGUUGAGCAGCUUGCCCUGCAGUAUUAUGCGGGAGAAGGAGGUGGUUGGCAAGGUGUCCAUUCAGAAAGUGGCAUUUGGCUGACUGUUUUCGGGCUUCUUAUGUGGGAUGUGAUCUUUGCUGACAUGCCAAAUGUCUUUCUCACCAGAUUUCAGAAUUCACCCUUAGAUUUGGACACAGAUCACUUUUAUGAAUCUAGAAAAAGCAUCAUAGAACCUCUUCUGGUAAAGAUUGAGGAAGGCAUGGGUGAGGAGAUGCUCAUAACUUCAUGGGAAUCCCAUUUGGGAACAGCGUGUCGAGGAGUUGACUGGAACAGGCACUCGUUAACCGAGCUUCGAGCAAUUGUGACAUGUAUUGGUGGCCGUUGCCUGGCCUCAAUCUGCCGACACCUGGCUCAAGAUUAUCGGAGUUGGUCUAGUGGCAUGCCAGAUCUACUGUUGUGGCGGUUUCAUGGAGAUUAUAGCGGGGAGGCCAAGCUUGUGGAAGUAAAAGGGCCGAGGGAUCGUCUUUCUGAGCAACAACGUGCAUGGCUUCUGUUUUUGAUGGAUUCCGGCUUCAAUGCUGAGGUUUGUCGGGUCAACCCUCCAGUUUCCAAGUAAGAUUAUUCGACUCGACCUGAUUUAAUGAAUUAACCAACUUGGUUUUCCUGCAAUUGCUAAUGCAUUUUAGAAAAUAAAAAUGUUUGUUAAAACGAUCAUACUGUGUCAUCUCAUUGACACGACACGAGAAACCCGAUCAAAUCGCUGAAAAUGACGAAACGAGAAAGUUUUGUCACGUGCGUUUGGUUGGUUUGUUGUAUUAAGUCGGUAAUACGAUAUGAAAUUAUGUAUCUCAUUGUAUUGAGUAUUUAAAAGUUCGAUUUCGUAUUUGUGUAAUAUGAAUGAGGUGGAGGUUCAAAUGAGAAACCUCA